GUCUCUGGUAUCGAUUGAGCGUCCUGUCUGGAGAGGAGGGCCUGCGUGACGGUGACAGGCUGCCUGCCGCCCUCGCUGCUGCUGCUGCUCACAUCCUCCAGAAAUCACUAAAGCGGACCCACGGGCUGCAUCUUUGUCUGAGCGCUCAGAGUGAAGCUUUGCGGGCUAUAAUGUCGGAGGAAAACGAGGAAACGAAGACUUCGAACGAACAGCAGGAUACACCCCCCAUCCCCUUCCAACAGGAAAUGGAGGAAGCAGUGGCCAGUCCAGAAAAAGCAGAGGAGGCUAAACUGAAGGCCAGGUAUCCCAACCUCGGAGCCAAGCCAGGGGGCUCAGAUUUUCUCAUGAAACGACUUCAGAAAGGAGGGCAAAAAUACUUCGACUCUGGUGACUACAAUAUGGCCAAGGCAAAAAUGAAGAACAAGCAGCUGCCGACUGCCCCAGCGGAGAAGACUGAGAUCACAGGGGGACACAUCCCCACUCCUCAGGAUCUGCCUCACAGAAAGACCAGCAUGGUGACGAGCAAACUCGCUGGUUGAGGGUUUUACUUACACUGUUUUGCUACCAUUCCAUAUUUCACUUUAUAUCUGCAUGCCGUUUACGUUUCGUCAGGUUUUACUUUCGGCUUUAAGAACAAACUUUAUUAAGCCAAAUGCGCGUUCCCGUGCUCCUGAUAAUGGAGGAAAACUGAGGAACUUUAAUCUUGAAUAGUCCGUUGAAAUUUCCUACAGUAAUAUUACACAAUUCUUCUCUUUUGUCCACUUGACCUACUUUUCUGACUGUGUGGUUUUAUUUAAUUGUGUGCUUUAAAGCGAUUGAAGUUUAGCCAGUUGUGUCCACUUCAUACUCCUAACAUUGUUUUUUGCGAUGACUUGCUGCUGCUUUGCGCGCCAUCUCAUUUAAAUCUACUGACCUUAAAAGCAGUGACACAGUUGUUGCUCCUGAGCAAUAUUUGCUCCAUCAGCGAGAAUUUGGGUUGUGAGUCUUGCCUGAAGUGACUUUCUCUGACUGGAAACGCUUAACGAUUUUAUGAGAAGAAACUCCCAGAACCUCUCAGAACAUGUUUAUAGUGUGCAAGUGCAUCGGCUGUGCAUACACACUGUGCCAUUGGUUUUGUAAAUAAAAUAGUUUUGCAUAAUAUCUUGCA